CAGGGAUCGAGAGCGCUAUCGCCAGGUAGGAGCAGCAGCUGAUAUGCCAGGCUUGGAUGGUAAGAGGAGCAGCAGUAGUUGUCAAGCUUCAAGACGGCGAAUUCUAUCACUUCAGCGCAGUGCCCGCAAGCGACCGAAGCAUUAUAUAAGAACUGGUCUCCAACAUACGUAAUUGCGGAACAAGAUCAUAGUAUGAGUUCAUAUUACACCAACUCUUACAUACCAGACCUCCGAAGCCCCGGAGGAGUAGAACAGUAUAAUGGACAGCCAGUACACAACCAGCCCAAUGGUGACAUGUGCGACCAAGGGCAAAGACAAUACAUUCAACCGCAAUACGCUUCGUCGCCUGUGCAAGGGGCAACGUAUCCCCGAUUUCCCCCCUAUGACAGACUGGAAAUACGUCCCAUCACUUCAUCGCCCAACUCGCCGAGCCCGCCGGGGCAGUACUAUGGCAACCCAUGCAACCAAGCGCCCCCGGGGCCGCCCUUGCCGCAGCCGGCACACCAACCUCCCCAACACGCCCCCAUGAGCCAUCCGAACGCUUACGUCCCCCAAGAUGGACAGACCAACUGCAGGGGCUCCCCCCACCACGACGCCCCACAACAUCCUAACAUGUCACCAGCCCAGUACCCAAGUUGCAAGAUGCAACCUCAACCGGUUCCACACGGGCCGCCUCAUCCGCAGCAAGGCCUGGGUCACGACCCCAACGGGGUGGUCCAUCGACAGGUGAAUUCGGAAUGUGGGCCCCCGCCCAAUACCAUGCCCCCGUGCCAAAGUCCGGUUCAGUCUCCACAGCAGCCACCGCCGCCUCCCCAGAUGUAUCAGAACCACGGAGGCCCCCCACCCAAUCAGCAGCAGGUUCAACAACAGCAACAAGUUCAACCUCCUCAAGCUGGGAAUAUGCCCAGUCCGCUCUAUCCUUGGAUGAGGAGCCAGUUCGAACGGAAACGUGGAAGACAGACCUAUACCCGGUAUCAGACGUUGGAGUUGGAGAAGGAAUUUCAUUUUAAUCGUUACCUGACUCGAAGGCGUCGCAUAGAGAUUGCUCACGCGCUAUGUCUCACGGAACGACAAAUAAAAAUCUGGUUCCAAAACCGGCGCAUGAAGUGGAAAAAAGAAAACAAAGCGAAAUUGGAAGCUGGUCUUGCAAUGGGUCCGACUCCACCAGAACUAACACAUCUUGGAGAACAUCCUCCACAGUAA